AUGUGGCAGCGGUAUUCGAAGCCAGUGCAAUUGGCAGUUAUAGACUUUAAAGCCGCUUGCGACUCUCCUAAUCGAGGCCGUCUUCUCAACGCGCUUCGCGCUGAUGGAGUGCCAGCACCGCCAAAACGCUCCUUGACCGAUCUCGAGUACGUUGAGAAUAUUGUGUUAUUCACGAAAGCACCAGGAAACUGUCAUCGACCUUGUUUCAAAGCUGGCUUCUGCCAAUAG